AUGUUCUUCAAAAAUACUGUUGGUUCUCUGCUCGUAGCUACCUUGGUAGCCUCGAAACCGAUCUACCAAAGAAAGGUUGACUUUGCAUAUGGGUCAACACCUGUCAGAGGAGUUAAUAUUGGUGGUUGGCUUGUACUGGAACCAUGGAUUACACCGUCCAUUUUUCAAUCACUCGACCAAUCCCUAGGAAUAGUUGACGAGUAUACAAUGACAGAAAAGCUGGGAACAGAAGCAGCUUCAGCAAUCCUUCAACCACAUUGGGGUUCAUGGUGCACUGCCGUCGACUUCCAAAAGAUUGCCGACUCUGGCUUCAACACCGUUCGCAUCCCAAUUGGAUACUGGGCAUAUGCUCUGUAUGGCGAACCAUAUACCCAAGGUGCAGCUUCAUACAUGGAUGCCGCCAUCGACUGGGCACGCAGUGCAGGUCUCAAAGUUUGGAUCGACCUACACGGUGCUCCUCUUUCUCAAAAUGGAUUCGAUAAUUCCGGACAUCGGACUACCUCGCCAGCGUGGACACAAGGUGACUCUGUUGCACAGACACUCUCUGUUCUGAAUACCAUCACCACAAAAUACGCUCAGGAGCAGUAUCAAGAUGUAGUAGUUGGCAUCGAACUACUCAACGAACCGGCGAAUUGGAUUAUGGAUUUCGAGGUAUUGGAACAGUUCUAUAGGGAUGGAUAUGGACAAGUUCGCGAUGUUUCAGAUACUGUUGUUGUGCUUCAUGAUGCAUUUUACCAACCGAAUACUUGGAAUAAUAUCUUGUCACCAAAUGACAAUAAUGCACAAGGAGUCGUCAUCGAUCACCACGAAUACCAAGUUUUCAGCGACGCCCUCGUUGCCAUGACGCCCGCCGAACACGUUGACUACGUCUGCUCCAAUGCUCACGUCUACACUGGCACCGAUAAAUGGGUCGUCGUCGGCGAAUUCACAGCCGCAAUGACAGAUUGUGCAUUCGCGCUCAACGGAUACGGUGUCGGUUCCCGCUACGAUGGCUCGUACCCCAAUUCCACAUACGUAGAUUCUUGCGAAGGAAAAUCAGAUAUCACUACUUGGAGCGAUAGUUUCAAGACGGAGAUGAAGAAUUACCUGAGUGCUCAAUUGGCAAGUUUCGAAACGAAGGCUAAUGGGUGGAUUUUUUGGAAUUUUAAAACCGAGAGUGCGCAUGAGUGGGAUGCUUUUAAGUUGUUGGAUUAUGGAAUUUUCCCGACUUUGGCGGGUGGCACGCCGCCUGCUAUUUGUUCGUAG